AAAACAGAUAGAAUAAUGUAUACCGAUGACUAUCUCUAUUUUCGGUGCCAAGAUCUUGUAACACAUAUAGCAAAGAAAAGCGUGCUGCGCGGCUACGAGCCGCAUUGAGCCGCAUCGAAAUAAAAUAAGGACAACGAUAAUUGGAAGGAGCCUUUCCCCAUACACAGCGAGGAUGCAGAUCCUAGCGGCAGAUUUUUGCAGAUAGAAUAGGGGUACCGGCGGCGAAAAAAUGGAAGACACUUCCACGACGCGACUGUAGCUGCAGUACUAUCAUUCAAAGGUGCUGAUGGCUCUCUACGCUACCACCAGUUUUGGCAGUAUUUUAAAAUCAAUUAUAGAAAAAUCGACCGCCUGCUUUCUCCCGUGGGGAGAAUCAGGCGAAAUAUUUUCUUUGUCAUAUAGUCUGAGAAACAAUAAAACGAAAGGAUUUUUCUUGUUCGAUCCAAAUGAUGGAGAACCAGGACUCUGCACGGAUUGGUAGCUGCAACCUAGAGGCGCCGCAGGAUCCAUUCUCGCCUUUGCAUUUUCCAUUUUGUUGUUCCGUGUAAAAGAAGUCCUGUAGAAGAAGUAUCAGAUGUAGUGCAAUCCUCGAGUUCCCGAGUACUUAAUAUGUACACCGGCGAAAAAGUUUUGACUCGCUUCCGUUUGCGCAAGUUAGUGCUAGUGUAUUGAUAUGAUGAAGGACAACUCUACUUAGCGUUCCGACGCAGCGCGUUGUGGACGACCCGACGAGGUGAUUGCAAACUACUCGUUUCGGAGAAAGUGAAAGGUACCUUCCACCUAGAAGUACCACGACUACAACAAGAGCCUACCCGGCCACAGGAGAGGUUUGCAUUUGAGGUUCUGUAGAUGAUUUUGUCGGGACUCCACACGUUUUCAUUUUCUGACUUUUUGUAGUUUUGGUUUUUGAUAUGAUAUUGGAUCAGUAUGUAAAUGAUCAGUAUUGGAUUUCGACGUUUCAGAAUUUGUUUUCCACCUUGAGUGCUGUAUUUUGAUAUCUCUCCCACGGCCACGACUCCUUCUCGUUAAUGUUUUUUGCAUCCAGAUAGAGUUUAUCUUCGCAUGUGUGGACGAGAAGCCGGUAUAGAAAGCUUGUCUGUUGAUAGUUUUGCGACCAAAAGUUUAACGAGCCAUAACUACGCACUCAGUCAUCAACCAAUAAGCCGAAUACGUGCAGCAUCUGUAGUAAACUUUUUGUAGGCGUCUUAGCCUAUCGAAUGGAUCUACGACAUGCACCAGUGUCAUGAUUGUAGGUACAGAAUAAAACGUAGAAGGAGCAAGUAUAGCCAUUAUACCGAUAUGGUAACCGAGAAGUAUGUGAACUAUUGACCAGCCAAACCGAUGAAGAUUUAAAUGGGGGAAAACGAAAAGCUAGUAGCCCAUCGAUCACAAGUGAUAUCGUCCCAUAGCCCAAAAAAUGCUUAGUUCGCAACCAGCGACGGAGGAAGAAAACCACGACCGUUCUUCCUAGUGCCUCGCCAGCAGAGCAUCCGGGUCGUUUUGCGUCGACCAAGAGGAGCAGAUUCACUUCUCGUCACCGAAUACUGAAGUAAGUAGCCCCCUUCUAGGUGGUACUAGAAGCUGUAGAGGCCCACCACCACCACGAGCUUCUUCCACCUGGGAACAUCAAAGCCGCAGUUUUUUUCGGAAAAAACAACGCAGGGGUUGGUUCAUUCUUGUCGCGCGUCCGAUAAAGUCGUGGAGCAUCUUGUUUAAAUCUUCAAACGGUGGAAAUGCUACAAGCUGCUGCGACGAUGAGUCCUCCUCCUGGGGUCAAUUUAAGAAUGGAGACCACGGACGAGCAGAAGCAAGGCGAGGAUAUGUCUACGAUGUCCAUUACGACGACCGCCAGUGAGCAGGAUAUCGCAAGAAAAAAGUGUUACAGUUACACAUUGUGUUGCAGGCCAAGCAAGACAGACAAGCUCUGUCAUGCCGGAUAUGCAUAGGAGCCUCGUUUCAUAGGUGUUUCCCCGUACGAUUUCUGCAUUACAAGUUUUCUCUCUCAUGCAGCGAAAUUUGUGUUGCUGAAUUGACUACAAAUGUGUAACUGUAACACUUUUUUUCUGGGAUACAGGACACCAGCGGCAUAUUGCCGCAAAUGUCGAACCAGACGAAAAACACUAACAGUGCUUCUACCUCGAAUACUACAACUGCUCCUCCACCCCUAGCAGCUCAUCUGGUGGUGCCGAAAGUGGAUACGGACCUCUGCUACUAUGCUUGGGACGUCGUGUCAUAUCGCUUAAACAAGCUGGUGGACAACGAGCCGGUUUUUCCGCCGAGCUACGACGCGCAAUCGCGAUCACCGCUUUUUGUACUACUGAUUUUCUGUUGUUUUCUGACUCCCUAAUAUGUAGGGUGCUGUUCAUUUUGUUUCCGUUUGACUUCGAAUCGGCAGCGUCGAGUGCGAGUUUUCCAUCGACUAUUUUCUGUAUAUUUCGUCUAGGUUACCUGGCUAACGUGGGAACCGAGCCGGGGCCAAGAGGAGCUUCGCGGCUGCAUAGGGUGCUUGGAGCCCCUCGAUCUACAUCCUGGCUUGCGGGAUUACACGGUUAAGGCGGCCUUUGAAGAUUCAAGAUUUCCACCAAUUCAAGCCGGAGAAUUGCGUACAGAUUUAAUCAUGAUAUCCAGUAGUUUGUGUUUUUGUCGUUGGUUUUCAUUGCUUCUGUCUCUAAUACUUGACGGUAAAACCGCUAGUGCCAUGUCUUCUCGCAAGAACCACGUCGACUGUACUUAUCUGAUUUUUCGCAUGGAAGGCGAAGGACGAGUCACACUCCACUUUGCGUUUGUUUCUACUAGCAUCGACGACACGCAAAAAGAACAAAAAAUCACAUACAGCCAUGCUGAUCUGCCAAGUUUCGGUGCUGCACAGUUUCGAACCUGCGGCGCACGGGGCGUAUGAUUGGGAAGUUGGCAAGCACGGCAUUAUCAUCUCCUUUGAGGACCCGGAGCAUUUUCCCAAUCGCCAGUUUUCCGCCACCUACCUUCCGGAAGUCGCUCUCGAGCACGACAUGACGCGCGAAACGGCCAUCGUGGAACUGAUCAAAAAAGCGGGCUACCGGCGGGCAGUGGACCAAGUGUUGCUGGACCGCAUUUCGCUGACCAGGUACCAGUCAAAACGCGUGAAAGUGGACUUCGCCGACUACAAGUGGUACUGCGAACAGAGGAGGAAAAACCGAAUGUUCUCGUCCAGUGAUGAGAACAAUACUGAAGAUCAUUUCGUAGAUGAUGGCCAUAACAAGGUUGAGAAGAGCUACAACUUCUACGACAGAGCUCUUGGAGGUGCAGGAGCCCCACCUGGAUCAUCGGGGAGUUCGUGCGACACCCGGACACCCUCCUCUUCGUCGUCCGCAAACUCAGCAUCGGGGACAAGCGGCUCGAGUUGUAGCGAUGCAGCUAAUAAUGUUGGCUUUUCGACAACAGCAGGAACAACUGCAUCAGCAACAUCAUCGUCGACUUACGACAACUUUCAUUUUCCGGGCGGAACUACAAGCGACGAUUUUUACACCAGGUCAACUGCACAUAAUUCCGCCUGCAGUAAGAAGGGAAACAAGCGGGGUGUCGUGUAUCAUCGCAAGCGCCCCCAGUACCGGUCGGGCGGAGGCGGAGCAGACAACCACCACCACCACCACCGGGGGAGCAGCACGUCGUCCUGGCAUGCCGGUUGUACUAGCGGAAACUAUAACGAUCGGUCGUAUAGUCGGAAUAAUACGGAUCAGUGGUCCGCGACAAAGAGCGAAUGGUCGGGGGGGAGAAAUGACUCCUGGUCUUCCUCCGAACAAUCCUGGUCCCGUUCCUCGUCUUGGUACAAUGACGACCGCACGUCUUCUUUUCAUGGCGGCCAGGGCGCAGGGAAAAACGCAUGGAAUGGCAACAGCUCUUAUCGGUAAGAGCCUUUACUUAUUUUCAUUUUUAUCUUCACGAAGCACAACUGAAACCUACUAGCUUUAUUGAUAAUUAUGAUUCAAAGUUCUUCAUCGCACGCGCAGCUACUUCGCCCCAGUUGCUUUCCAUAAACGCAGUUAAUCACCACACAACCAAUACAGUCCAAUUUUGAUAGAGCGGUUUUAGACUUAUCUCUCGCAUCAAACAAAACAAACAAAACAUCAUUGCUCAUGGAUACUUUCUUCUUUCUGAGAAUAUCUUCCGCCCGGAACAAAUCAGGGCAAGCACAGUGACUCAUUGUUUUCGCGUUGUCAAUUAUAAUAGCGCAAGGAAUUCGUACAUUUUUGAGAUCCAGUGUUACUUUUGAUACUUACCACAAAUAAAGGCCUUCAAAUGCUUAUAGGAAGUCAGAAUGACCACGCGUACCAAUAUGUUUUGAGAAAUAUCCUGGGAAAUACGGUAUUGUAGCUUCGAAGUUCUUCCCCUUUCACCCUAGCAACAAAGUAACAAUCACUACUAGCAGUGUCAACCAAACAAGCAUGGCUACCAUCACCCUGUCUCAUAACGACAAUUGCGUCCUUAUCCGUAUACUAAUAGUUUAGGCGUGCCCUGAGUUCUUGAUGUUCUUACUCUAUGUUUAUAGUAUCAGUCUACCCCAUAAUUUUAAUUUGCGAACUCCAAGACCCGAGUCCCAUCAAGCUCACGUCUUCUUGACGAGAAAUAGCUACCGCGCAAUUAGUACUUGAAACACUUCAAACGCAUACCCACACUUUCUACUUUUUGGGAAACUUCACUACUUACAAAAGCAGUUGGUUAAAGAUAGAAAUCUAGCGCAAGAAAAAUUCUACCUCCCAGUUUUGUGUGCGGUUUUUGAACACGAAGCCGAGUGACGCCAGUGUAUCAAGAAAAAAAUAAGGCGGUUUGAAAAUAAAUUUACGUCCUCGACCUCGUUACAAUUGACCGCUGGAAAAAGCGACAAGAAUGAGAAAGUGAAAUUUAUUUCUGCAAGAGCAUUCGUUUUGGAAGAGGAAGGAUACACAACUCGUAAUUCCACGGAUAGUAUUUAGGAUUUUUCUGAUGUCCCCACGACA